AUGGCCGUGGUGCGGCUGCGCAGGGGCGGCCAACGGUUCGAGAUCGCCUGCUUCCCCAACAAGGUGGUCAACUGGCGCGACCGCGUCGAGAAGGACCUCGACGAGGUGCUCCAGUCCGACAACGUAUACUCCAACGUCUCCAAGGGUGUCCUCGCCAAGUCCAAGGACCUCAUCAGGAUCUUCGCCACUGACGACCUCGUCGAAAUCUGCCUCGAGAUUUUGGAGAAAGGGGAGCUCCAGGUGUCUGGCAAGGAGAGGGAGGCGCAGCUGUCCUCCCAGUUCAAGGACAUUGGCGCCUCAUGCACGACAUACACUUUGCGGUCGAUCCAAACGUUACCUCCAAGGAACAGGUUGUGUUCCCCAGACCUGCUGUUGAUGCUGGUUGUGUUCCCGGACCAUGUCCCCAAGCUGUUGCUGCUGGUUGUGUUCCUCGACCAUGUCCCCAAGUUGCAUCCUGCUGCUCCUGCCCCAUGCAUCCUCAACUUUGCUCCUGGACACCUACUGCAGGGCUAUGUUUUGCAAAAGGAAGAAGCAGUACUUGAAGAAGCAGAUUACAAUGUUUUCUCGUCGUGA